CUCACCCCUACUGCAACAGCUCACUGUGAGCAAAUAGCCAAUCAAAAUGGCGUCGUCAAAGCUCUGUAGCAGCGCCGGCGUGCCAUUCGCUUUCGUAGCGGCCGUGGUGCUCCUGGCGGUGGCACGCGAAGGGUGGGCUCAGACGAGCCUGUGCAACAUGAGCGAGGACGGGAUGACGGCGUGCAGGCCGAGCAUCAGCGCCGCGAGGCCGCCGGCGCCGGAGGAGAAGCCGGCGGAGGCCUGCUGCUUGGCGCUGAAGCAGGCCAACCUGACGUGCCUGUGCUCGUACAAGAACUCCGACCUGCUGCCCUUCUUGGGCAUCGAUCCAAAGCUGGCGAUGCAGCUCCCAGCCAAGUGCAACAUCGCUCCUCCCCAGCAAUGCUGAUAAGGAGCAGAUUUGGUUGUCCUGUCCGUGCUUUUGCCUCUUGUCUGUAUCUGUUUUUCUUCGUUGAAUUGUCAAAUGUAUCUUUACUAGAAAGACAACUGUCGUUCGUAUUUA